AUGUCAAGCAAAGAAACCGCUCUCCAAAUCAUAAAUUUCUUAAAGAGCUCCGUCUCAAACAAAGAAGUCUCUGAAGACUAUCUCGAAUCUAUAGAUGUCGCCAUUGACUGUAUCGCUGAUGCUUAUGAAGUUGAUAAAGAUCAAGAUCAAAAAACUGUCGAUUCAGAAUACAAUGGUAAAAGCUUGAAAGAAAUUUUAGCAGAAUUUAAAAAAGGUCAAUCAAGUGACUCUGCUGCUAAAAAAGUUCCAGUUCAUGUUGAAACAGAUGACGAAACUUUAAAAAAAGCUGAAGAAUUAAAAUUAGAAGGUAAUAAAGCUAUGGCCCGUAAAGAUUUUGCUGAAGCCAUCAAGAAAUAUACUGAUGCUAUUGAAUUAACUCCAAAGAAUGCUGUCUACUUAUCCAACAGAGCGGCUGCUCACUCUUCAACAAGAGAUCAUGAAUCUGCUAUUGCAGAUGCCGAAGCUGCCAUCAAAGUUGAUCCAAACUACUCAAAAGCCUAUUCAAGAUUAGGUUUAGCUAACUAUGCAUUGAAUAGACCAAAAGAAGCUUUUGAAGCAUACAAAAAAGGUUUAGAAAAAGAAGGUGAUAAACCAUCUGAAGCUAUGAAGAAAGGUUACGAAACUGCUAAAAAGAGAGUCGAAGAACAAUUAGACUUAUCUACAACUGAAGAAUCAACCCGUGAUACCAAUUCUGGAUCAGGUGCUUCAGGCGCUGCUCCUGGUGGAUUUCCAGAUCUUUCAUCACUCUUAGGUGGUGGUGCCGGUGGUGCUCCAAACUUUGCUGAAAUGAUGAAUAAUCCUCAAUUAAUGCAAUAUGCUCAACAAAUGAUGCAAAACCCAGGUGCUUUAGAAGGUUUAAUGAGUAAUCCAGCUAUCAGACAAAUGGCCUCCCAAUUUGGUUUAGGCGGUGGUGCUGGUGCUGGCGCCGGGGCUGAAUCAGGAUCAGGUGAACGUGAUGCUGGUGCUGGUGGUGCUCCAGAUUUAAGUAGUUUGUUAAACAACCCAGCCUUGAGAGAUUUGGCCAACAAUUUUAUGGGUGGUCAAAACAGAAAUAACGGUGGUAAUUAA